UUUAAGUAUUACACUCACUGAAAAUGAAAUAUUUUGUUUGGCUUUCCCAAAUCUUUUCUUUACAGGACGCUGAGGAUGGAGGAUCGAUAUGACAUUUACUCUGACAACAUGAAAAGACUGUCUAUCUCUGUAGUAAAUUCUGAUUUUGGAAAGGGGUAUGAUUCUCUGAAAAGUUCAAAACUUAACAAAGGCAUUCUGCCUUUUAAAAAUUACUUUGGAUUUGACGUGCUCAGAAAAGAUGUACAUACGAAUGUGUCAUAUUCUGGUUUUCAAGGACUCAUUAAUGAAGUGAAGAGUGAAAUGAAGCGGCACUGUAAGAAAGGUUGCAUAGCUAUGACAAUCAGCUCUCAUGGAAAGAUUGAAAUUAAGGAUGGGAGGAUGAACCAUCUCCUUUUAUGUAGCGAAUAUAAAUCAAAUGACAACGAAAAGACAUUAAGAUGGUUUCCCACAAAUUAUCUUGUGCAGGAGGUCAGGGAAUGUUUCAAUGGUCCACUGAUCAUUUUGAUUCAGGUAUAA